AUGCCAGGCGCGUCGACCUCCAUCUCUCUCUCUCUCUCUCUCUCUCUCUCUCUCUCGUUGUGCCGUCAGCACACCAUUCGGUGGCUGUGCAAUCCGCUCACCGCUAAGAGAAAGUGCGACUACGAUCACACUUUCUACAUUACAAAGCGUAAUAUUUCAAGUGUAGCAGUAAGUACACUAUGGGAGGAUGUGCUAAUCGACUCGUGUGGUGUGAUGGCUUACAAGCUGAUUCCUCUCACUCAAUCUCCCUCUCUCAAAGUACACUUCGCGCUGGCUCAUUUCUCGUUUGCGCGCUCGCUCGCUCCCACACGCUUUACCAUGGCCAUGUCGAUCCGCUCGUCGCGCGGUGCGCUUCAGCACCUGCGCACCCUUGCGCGCCAGUACGCCGUCUCGGCUCAAGAAGCGACGAACAUCGACUCGACCCUCGUUGAGGCUUACCAGGCCAAUCCCUUCAACAUUGACAAGAUUGAUAUGAGUGAGCUCCGCUUCGAGCCCGAGGAGAACACCAAGGGCGUUGUGCAACCCCAGCUCUACGUCGGUGACAAGAAGGGCCUUGAGAUCUUGACGCCCUUUAUGGUGACGGGCUACACCUACUUCAGCAAGAUCGGCAACUUUGGUGUUGACAAGAACUUUGGCUCGGGCAAGUUCAGCAUCAACAGCCUCAAGGAUGCUGAAUACGAGCUGAUGCUGACGAACCGCCCGCUCUCCAUCCAAGAAGGCGAGAACGAGCAAGCCAAUGCCUUUUUUGAGCUUCUUUCCGCCUUCCGCAACAAGCUGAUUGCCCAUGUGGGUGAGAACCUGUCGUCGUACGACGUCCUGAACAAGAAGCACAGCUACCUGGCUGAUUCCACCGAUGAGGUUCGCAGCAAGGUCCUCAGUGGCUGCACCUCUCAGCUCAUGCGUCCCAUCACCUUCAAGGAUUCGGAGAGCACUUACCAGGCUCUGAGCCUGCGCGAAAAGGUCUACCUCAAGGCCCUGCCCGAUGUCGAGAUCAAGGCCUUUUGCGAGGAGGACCAUGACAUGGCACAAGAUGGCUAUUUGCGCAAAUACCUCCCCGUCUAUGAUGCGAGCGGCGACAAGCUUCCCGUCGAGACGUUCAAGAUUGGCUUUGGCGACGUCGUAUCUUCAGUCCUGCGCGUGCAACCUUACAUUUACAACGUGGGUGGCAACGCGGGCAUCAAGAUUGCGCUGCGCCUGCGCUCCGUGACGGUGGGCCGUCAGCGUGUUGCCAAGGAGGCCAAGCAGACCGAUAACCUGGGCACCGACGGCAGCCCCUUUGGUAGCCUUUUGUAAAGCAAUCGUGACCUUUACUUAAUUUGGAUGUAGAGAGUUGCCUUCCACCACUCCUAUACAAGCAUCACUUCUUGGUUUUUGUCUUUGCGGCUUUGGGUUUUGGCGAUGAAUUUCUCCUCCUCGUUCCCGGCUAGACCUGGGGCGCUGGUCGUGGAGAUGCAGCGCAUCUUGUAAGCCAUUUUUUCAUGAUUGUG